CUGGGUGAUUAUAACAGGCAUGUCUGUGGUUAAGCCACCAAGCUAAGUGUAAUAUGUGGCAAACCAUGUCUUUACUUGUAGAUUUUUCCUCCAAUAGUCGAUUUUUUCGUGGACGAGAUGGUAGAGACGGUAGGGAUGGACUGCAGGGACCUGUUGGACCGCCCGGUCCAGCCGGUCCUCCGGGCCCUGCGGGACCGCAAGGGGAGAGGGGGCGACAGGGUCCCCAGGGGGAGAGAGGACUUCCGGGAAUUGCGGAGCCGCCAUUGGUUGGUGGCGCUGUUUACACCCGCUGGGGAAGAAAAGUAUGUCCUGGCCAUGCAACUAUGUUGUACGGAGGUGUAAUGGCAGGAUCGCACUAUUCCCACAAGGGCUCUGGGGCCAACCAAAUGUGUCUACCACUAAAUCCACAGUGGAACAAAACCUACUCUGGUUUUCAAUCAAACUCCUAUCUGUAUGGUACCGAGUUUGAGCUAGAAGGCAAUAAAGUGUUUGGCCAGACCAAUUCCGGCGGAGACUUCCAUAACCGGGAGGCCCAGUGUGCUGUCUGCUAUACGCCGGGCAGACCAAGUUACGUGAUGAUCCCAGCCCGUCUGGAGUGUCCAUCAGGAUGGACACUGGAGUAUCUGGGAUUUCUCAUGGCACAACGCUACACGUAUUAUAGGUCUGAGUACGUGUGUGUGGAUCAGGAUCCAGACACCCAUCCCGGCACGGCCGCUAACUUAGACGGGAAUCUGCUGUACGUUGUGGAAGCUAAAUGUGGCGCGCUGCCCUGUCCAAACUAUGUUGACGGCUAUGAGGUUACAUGUGUUGUGUGCACAAAAUAAAUCAUUACAGACACGAGCUCUAUAUUAAUCCGGACCCAGAUCGGCAAAACUGUUGCUCUGUAAGAUUGCAAAAUCGUUGUACAUAUUUCUGUCAAAGGCCUG